GACAAAAAAUUAAGGUGAAUGCAUUUUUACUAGGAAUUAAAAAACAAGCUCAACGAGGUAUCACAUUCCAUAUUCGCACCAUUAUUGGCAAAGUUAUGAACAUAAUACUGUCAUUUUUAUGAGAUAAUCAGAGGUAACGAAUUUUCGAUAUUAAUACACACACAUAUUAUUUUAAAGUAAUUCAAAUUUAUUUAUCGUCUCUCUAAAAAUUUUAAUUUUAACUUCGAAGUAGAUUAUGUUUUGUGAUAAAAACAAUGCCACCGUAUUUUGACAAAUUUUAGAAUCAUUUUCAAGAUUCUAAUAACGGACAGAAUUUACUUGGUUUUAUCUACAAAGCUAGUCUAGGGUUAAAUGCAAAUAAAACACGUAAUUUAAACAGAGAGAAAUAGUCUCUUUGUUUAAAUUAUUUGCCAAGUUGGCGCAAUCGAUACAUCGAUAACAUACACCCACCUGUCCCCGGAACUGGCACAUUUAGCCAAAACCGCUGUACUAGUCCUCCCCCGCUAAUCAGCUCUAUCGGGAAACUAGCCAACCAGCCAGCACUGCCUGUGUAUAAACAGUUGGCAAGAAACGAAACCGAAAAACAGAAGUUUUGGUCGAAAUGGCAGCGUAAAAACCCAUUAAAGCCAUUUCCAUUAUUGCACGGCCGAGUCGAAAAAUAUAUACAUAUAUAGAAACGUAGCAGAUAACAGGCAAAGAAGCGGAAAAGCAGCAAAAUACCCGGAACAUAUUGAUACAUAUGGACGUAGACUUCAAGAUAACGAAAGUAGUAUUCCCGAUAAUAUAUAAUGGUAGCAGCCAAGUACGAGCGGCUGAAUUCCAGUGGUGAGGCGGGUGGAAAUGGAAAUGCCAGUGAUGCGGAAGACGAGGAGAUCGAACUCAGUAUUGCUCAGAAAACGCAGUUGAGCAAUGGCCAUCGUUUGCGUCAGAGCAACUUUAAGUACGCCAGCGGGAAGUCCGGAACCGGUGAAUCUGCGGGAGCUGCGGAAACGGCCACGUCGGCUCAGAACCAGAACAUGAUGAUGCAAAUGGCCGUGGGCACGUUGGCCAUAAUACUAUUGUAUCUGACGCUUUCUAUAUCGCUGACCUUCUAUCAAACCGACAUCAACCGGCAGAUGCCCUUUCCCCUGGCCAUUGUGUCGUAUCACUUGGUUGUGAAGUUUCUUCUAGCUGCCUUGGCGCGGAAGAUCUAUAGGCUGCGAAUGGGCAGAUCGAGGGUACAGCUGGAUUGGCGAAUUGCCCUAAGGAAGAUGGCACCCACGGGAGUAGCCAGUGCGAUUGAUAUAGGAUUCUCUAACUGGGGUUUGGCCCUGGUGCCCAUCUCACUAUACACAAUGACGAAAUCAUCAACUAUCGUCUUCAUCCUGCUAUUCGCCAUCGCUUUGGGACUGGAAAAGAAGAGCUGGUAUCUGGUCUCGAUUGUGGGCCUGAUAGGCACUGGCCUGGUGAUGUUCACCUACAAGUCCACCCAGUUCAAUGCCCUGGGCUUCUUUUUCAUCCUCUUUGCCUCGCUGAGCAGCGGAUUGCGAUGGAGUUUUGCGCAGUUCAUAAUGCAAAAGUCGAAGCUGGGAUUGCACAAUCCCAUCGACAUGAUAUACUACAUGCAGCCAUGGAUGAUUGCAUCGCUAGUGCCUUUGGUCAUUGUUCUCGAAGGAGCCCGUUUCGUCGCGGUGAUUGAAGAUCUCCACACCCACACAUCGAACGAAAUAACCUGGGCAAUUGCCAAGAUAACAGCCGGGGCUUUGCUGGCCUUCCUCAUGGAAUUCAGCGAGUUUCUGGUUCUGUGCAAGACCUCCAGCCUAACGCUCUCCAUAGCCGGUAUCUUCAAGGACAUCUGCCAGUUGGCCCUGGCUGUGACCCUCAAAAAAGACCAGCUGAGUGUGAUUAACUACAUUGGCCUGGUCAUUUGCCUGGCGGGUAUUGUUUGCCAUCUUCUGCACAAGUACACUAGUAUGAAGGAGACUCAGAGGCAGCAGAAAGACUUGGAAUCUGAUAACGACCAAGACCAGUCUACGGGCGAAUAUAAAUUCAACGAGGGUAGUGCCAUUGCGGGUGUCCAUGUAAAAUCGCACUCAACGCUGACAGUGCCAUUACUUGAGCAAACCGACUCUGAGGACGAGUCCGGUCACGAUCCUAACAAACAAAAUGCCUCCGAUGUGAUCUUCGAUGUAUUGAAACGACGCGACAUGCAGCGAUAAAGGCUGAUCCUUGUACAGAUGUCCUGUAAAUGUUGUAAAUUCGAGCGACCUUUAUGUUUACAAACACCAUUCCCCACACUACUACUUACCACACUGGGAUAGCAAUGCAGGUUUUAUGUAAGUUAGUUAGUUUGACAUUUCCCAAUACGAUUGUUACACCGAUUUUCCGGAUUCCUCAAUGCAUUCCCACUUCGUGCAUUUAGCAGAUAGGCUAGAUUUAUGAGAAAACUAUGAAAUUGAAAAGUGUGUGCUAUCCUGGUACGAAUGACGCUCUUACUUAAGCUGUUCCCAUCUUGACGACGCAAAAUCUUAGGGGCGAGAGGUAAACUUUGGACAAUAUCAUAAAAUCUAGGCAUUUAUUCUAGCAAUUUGUAUGUCAGUAUUUAGCAAACCACCUUAAACAUUCUGUUAAAUCUACUAAAUAUCUCAUUUAAAAUUUUGCAUAUAUAGCAAAUAGCUUAAUUCAUUUUUCCAUUUUAAAAGUUACAGAUUUAUUAAGAAUUGUCCAAAGUUAGCUUUAGAUCCUGAAAACUAUCUCGAUUUUUUCGUAAAAACUCACAUUUAAGUCAUAAAUGCAAAUGUAAAAAUAAGAAAGCCUUAAUGACCUUUUAAUUGUUCCUUAAUUGGCACUCCAAUUUUAAUUGUAAAUCAUUUUAGUUAUAAGAAAUUUUUGAAUUUGAAACCUCCCGAAAAUGUCUGAUAAAAUUAAACAAGGGCCAUUGUUUUUUUAACAAAUUAUAAAUAAUGUCUUUGUUGUUUUUAGUUGAUAAUGCUUCUGUUUUGUUGAGUUUUUGACAUUUUGUAUUCAUAAGUUUAUAAGAUAAUUUCAAAUAUAUAUUAAAUACAUA